AUGAGUGCGAGAACGCUAACGAACGUGGUCAAUGACCAGACGAUAGCGCUAAAUGCCAUGAUCUAUGGCUAUGCAGGCCAUUCGCUUGUCACACCCCAUGCUGCGCUUCAACAGAUCUGGUGGACAGACGAAAGAAUAAACGAGAAGGUCACGCAGGACUUCGUGACUUCGCGACUGCAACCACGAGAAAGGGAGCGACUGACACAACCUGUGGGCUUCGGCGAUCUCUCAGACGACACAUACAUCGAAUGGAUCUUAGAAAAAGCGCGACGAUUGUUCCUCGUGCUGGCUGAGAUUGGCGAAGCAGAUGGCAUAUUCGCCGUGGUUGAUCGAUCGUGGAAUGAUGAUGACCUGCCUCUUGAGAUGGACGACAUCGAACAGCUGGCACUCACAAACAGACGCGACGAACAUGCUAGUGCACGCUUCUACUCUACACAAUUCACGUUUCUACUCAGAGAGCUUCAGAACGGUGUACACAUAGAUUAUGCGUCGAACGAGGAAGUACCGCUGGAGUACGUCAUGGGUCUACCACCUGCAGCUAGCCUCCAGAACUGGUCGCGUGUACACCUGCCCAAAAGACCCAAAGAGGUUUAUGUGCGGCGAAAAUUCGCACUAGGAAAUGUCGAGUCACCGACCGCAUUCGAAUCGGCUUUCAUAUUGGACGUGGAAAGCGCUCGAAUGGUCGAGCAUGAACACAUUGCUCCUGUUUGGGCUUCGUACACGGCGAAAGGGACGGGCUACGUGGUGACGAACUUUGUGGGACAACACACUCUACGGACCUUCAUCGAUCACCGAGACCCGACACAAUACAAGAAGCUCUCCAAACCAGAGAGGAGAUGGCUUGUUCUGAACUGGAUGCAUUGCUUGGCAGACGCUGUUACGACACUGCACCAGAACGGGUUCUGCCACUCUGCGGUACGACCAUCGAACAUUAUCAUCGAUGACAGCAACGCGAUUGCCUUCAGCGACAUCAGCAGUCUUGAGACAUUUCAGAGGGACAAAAGACUGGAUGCAAUGGAUGCAUAUAUCUAUAGCGCACCAGAAACGCAGUCGAUCCCUGGAUCCUUUGAUCCAAACGCUCCAGCGCCGUCACCUGUCGUAGCAAGCACUCGACACACCUCCAUCACGAGCAAAAGCUCAGCCGGGUCGUCCAAUAGUAGCGGCUCGUUAGGGAGGAAGCUGACAAAGACAUCUACAAACGAUUUCAGUGGCUUCAACUUUGGGUUUCGAAGAACGAAGCCUAUACCGAAGCCGCGAUCGAGAGUUCACGAAACUGAGAAGGCGGACAUCUUCUCACUUGGCUGCGUUUUCUUGGAGAUCAUCGGGUUCAUGCUGAAGAAGAAACCUCACGAGUUCAUCAAGCAUCGCUCAUCGAAGCAAAGAACCAGUACUGGCGGCAAGAGCAGCCGCACAGAUUCAUCUUACCAUGUUAACCUGGGUAAAGUUGAGAGCUGGAUGGUGGUACUCGAAAAAGCUUCUUGCGAGCAUGACGAAGAUGCUUUCCGUGCUAUCCCACAUAUUUUGACGCUGGUACGCAGUAUGCUGAGCACGACACCGAAUGGUCGACCGAACGCUCGAAGCGUCCGUGACAAGCUCCUCGAGAUCCUGACCACUCAUACCACUAUUCCAGACAUCCACUGUGGUGCGCAUAAGCAUGACUUUGUGCAUACUGGGUCGUCCACUUCUGGCUCCGAUCGAGCCUCCAGUGUGGCAUCGCUGCGGACAAUGUCGACGAUAAGCUCGACAUCAGAUGCAGAUACCAUUCGACUAUCCGCGUCCUCACUGACCCGCGUGAACUCAAUCGUAAACUCUUACUCGGAUCGCAUGACUCUUGCUGGGAUCUCAGAGGACGAUAGUGCAUCGAUACGCACAGUCGAACCUCCACUAUCCACACCAGCGACCAUCGAGCCCGUCAAGACCUAG